GACUUGGACAAAGAGAGUCAAUUUGACAUAUACUGCUCAUAUAACUCUCAAACUAGGGUUUGGCUUUCUAGUUUCUACACAACGCCUGCGAAGAGGAAGCGGCCGUCUGUCUCUCUGCACUGAUUACGCUCUCUCCCGGUCUCUCUCUCUCAGGAUGGAUUCCCAAAUCAAGCAUGCUUUAGUUGUUAAGGUUAUGGGCCGAACAGGUUCAAGGGGGCAGGUUACCCAGGUGAGAGUUAAGUUUCUGGAUGAUCAGAACCGGUUUAUCAUGAGGAAUGUGAAGGGACCAGUCAGGGAAGGGGAUAUCCUCACUCUGCUCGAGUCUGAGAGGGAAGCUAGAAGGCUGCGUUGAUCCGUUGCCCAUGUUGUUGGAAACUUUUGCUCCUCACUGAAAAUGUGUGUCGCGUUAGUUACUGGUUUUGUGGAUUUUAUGAGUACGCCAUAGUAGUUUCAAUUUCAGGUGUAAGACACUUAUUUCUUAUGAAUGGGUUGCAUGUAAUGGAUGUUUCAGUUUGAUAUUGUGUUUCAGAAAUACCUAUAUUUGCCGCCUUA